AUGGAGAUGAAUAAAGGGGAGGCUGAGAAAUGCCUUGAGAUCGGAAAGAAGUUUCUACGGCUCGGAGAUUGGGAAAAGGCAGUCAAGUUCUUUGACAAGUCGCACCGCAUGUAUCCGCUGGCGGGUGUGGAGGCAAUGCGCGAUCGUGCCAAGGCAGAGCUGGAGAAGGCCUCGAUACCCAGUGCACAGCCGACGUCACCAGCUUCGACUGCAAGAGUGCGUCAUCGAACAACUCGAGCUAAUGCUCCAUUAAGAUCUCCUUCGACGGAGCCUUCGCGACCGUAUACAGCGGAUCAGGCCCAGAUGGUACGGAAGAUUAAGGCGUGCAAGACUCACUAUGAAGUGCUGGCAGUGCAACAAACUGCAACGGAGAGCGAGAUAAAAAAGGCUUAUCGCAAGUUGGCGCUGAAGCUGCAUCCGGACAAGAACAGUGCCCCAGGAGCAGAGGAUGCGUUUAAGGCUGUUGGAAAAGCGUUUGCAGUUUUGAGCGACCCCGACAAGCGUGCACAUUAUAGCCGAUAUGGUGAUGAUGCACCUGUGCAGCAACAGCAACACCAGGGACGCAGAUACGGCCAGGACGAUGACAUUACACCGGAAGAGAUUUUCAACAUGUUUUUUGGUGGUGGUGGCUACCGUCCACGUGGACGACCGCCGCAACCACAGCAAGAUCACCGACAGCAACAGGUACCACGUGGUGGCAUGGCGACUUUGACCCAGUUCUUGCCGCUGCUGCUGAUCUUCAUCAUGUCGUUAUUAUCGAUUCCGGCGAACCCGGAGAUGCCAUUCAGUUUAAACCCGACACAGCAAUUCAACGUGCAGCGCACGACACAAAUGGCGAAUGUGGUGAAGGGUAUUCCAUACUAUGUAGAGCGCGAUUUUGAACAGCGGUACACGACCGACUGGCGCGAUCUCAAACGAGUCGAGCAAAUGGUGGAGCAGGCGCAUGUGUCAAGGCUUGCCGAGAAUUGUGAAAACAUAAAGCUGCGCCAGAAACGGAUGAUCUACCGUGCUCGCAACUCUCGUAGUGAAGACCGAGAGUCUGCCAUGCGUAAAGCAUUGGAGAUGAAGAUGCCACCCUGUGACGAGCUGCGUAGACUUCGGCGAACGCGGCGCUAUUGA